CUUUCCCUCUUCAUUUUUCCUCUACUCAUUCUGCUCCCAAUUUACACUUCACUGACACACACACAAACACCAAUUUCCUCCAAUCCAAUCAACCCUAAAAACCCCAUUUUUCUCUAGUGUCGGUGAUCCACUUCAUUUUCAAACACCAUAAAAAAAAUCCCAACCAAUUCACACCAUUGUUGAAUCCUUCAAAAAAAACCGCAACAAUGUCAUCAUCAACCAAGCCACCGCACUACGCCACAAGCGGUUUGGUGAUAGGUUACGCUCUCUGUUCAAGCUUGUUAGCGAUAAUCAACAAAUACGCCAUCACUCAAUUCAACUACCCUGGUCUCUUAACCGCUUUACAGUACCUCACUUCAGCUCUCGGCGUUUACCUUUUCCGAAAAUUAGGGUUUCUUCAUCACGAUCCUUUCACCAUUCCGAUCGCCAAGAAAUUCUUCCCUGCCGCACUCGUUUUCUUCCUCGCUAUCUUCACCAACACGAAUCUACUCCGUCACGCUAACGUUGAUACCUUCAUUGUUUUCAGAUCUCUUACCCCUCUUCUUGUUGCUCUCGCUGAUACCGCUUUUCGAGGUCAACCUUCGCCUUCUAACCUUACUUUUUUCUCGCUUGUUGUUAUUCUUGCUGGUGCCGUUGGUUAUGUUGCUACCGAUUCGGGUUUUACUCUUACCGCUUAUUCAUGGGCUUUUGCUUAUUUGGUUACGAUUACUACUGAGAUGGUUUAUAUCAAGCAUAUGGUUAUGAGUCUUGGGUUGAAUACUUGGGGUUUUGUUCUUUAUAACAAUGUCUUGUCUUUAAUGAUUGCUCCUUUCUUUUGGUUUCUAACUGGAGAGAAUUUUGAGGUUUCGAAUGCGAUUAAUUCGAGUACCGGGAGUUUGUUUGAGAUGAAUGCGUUUCUUGCGGUUUCUUUGUCUUGUGUGUUUGGUUUGCUUAUCAGUUUCUUUGGAUUUGCUGCGAGAAAAGCGGUUUCGGCUACUGCUUUUACGGUUACUGGGGUUGUGAAUAAGUUUCUCAUGGUGGCUAUUAAUGUGACGAUUUGGGAUAAGCAUGCUAGUCCUGCUGGUCUGGUUUGUUUGCUUUUUACUAUAAUUGGGGGAGUUCUUUAUCAGCAAUCGGUUACUGGGAAUUGUUCAAUGCUAUCAGUAUGAAAAAACCCUGUUAUUCAAAUGAUGUGAUUCAAACUGUUUGCUGAAUUUUAUGCAGGAAUGUUAAAUCUGAUCUCUGUACUGAACAUGAACAUAACAUGUGAUGUUUUUCAUUUUCAUAGAAAUAGUAUCAAAAUUCUGCAUGUGCUUGAUAUUAUGCUUAUAAGUAUAAGUAAAUGAUUACUUCAAGCAUUACACACUUGGUUAAUGUGAUGCAGGAGGAUUUUGAGGAGCAUGCUGCGAAAGUCAAGACUCUAAAAGAGAGUCCAUCAAAUGAAAACUUGCUUAUCCUUUAUGGAUUGUACAAGCAAGCCACUCUUGGACCUGUUACCACCGGUGAGUUUUC